UUAAAACCUUCCAGAGUCUCAUGGAUGACUGGAGCGUCCCUGAGAGCGACGGAGAAGGCGAGCACACACUCCUCCCGCCUCCUCCCUCGAAUCUGCUGGAGCUGCUUCACGUGCUAAUGAAGGAUAAGUCUUUAGAGCUGGACUGCUGUGGAAAGAAUGAAGAAAAUGAAGAAGGAGAGAGUACCAAGGGAAGAAAGAGGAAGAGAAAAAAGAAACAUGAAACUCAAGAAGACUCAAACGUGACUGCAGCUCCUCCCCAAGGUACCCAACUUGAGACUCGAAUGGACAUAUUAAGUGAAAGUACUCAGUCCUCCGAAAUAAGGAGCACCCGCACAGCAUCAACCAGCGAAUGUAGGGACUCAAGAAGACCCACCCUAUCUGCUUUUGAUUAUCAACAUGAAGAUUUCGGUCCAAUUGAGCUGAAAGCUAACAGAGGAAGAAAGUGUCUACCUGGUUUGAACAAGAAGGCUGUGACGCUACAGGACAUUGAAGCAACUUUGAGAAAGGAGGACGUGAGAUGGAGGGAGGAGGAGGAGGGAGUGUCACGUUACCAUAGCAACAACCAGGAGGAGUAUGGUUUAAGAGGGGGAGGGGCCAAAGGUUCUGUCACUGUUAAUGGAGGAGGAAGCAGAUUAGAAUUGAAUGAGAAAAGAGAAGAAAAAUUCACUCAAGAGGGAGACAGUGAUGAUUCAUCAUUAUUUGAUGACGUUGACCUCUCAUUUAAUUCUCAAGACAUUAAUAUGAAACUCAGUCGAAUCGAGCAGCUGCUCGAUAACGACUGAUAAUAUAUCAUUAUAACUUGACAUCACCAUCUACUUUCAAUUAAUAAUUUUUUACACUCUUGCCAACACAUUU